GUGGUGAAUUUUACUGGCAGCGGUGAAAAGUUGAUGUGAAAAAAUGUCGACGCGAAAUAUUGCUCAUUAGUCAAUAGUUUCAGACGUUCUUUGUAUACAUUAUUUUCUGGUGAAGGUUAAAAUUAAAGAAAAUAAAUGACAUGGAUAGUGAGCAAGAGCCGAGUUUUCGAAUGGGGCCAUUGUCGCCACAGGAAAUUAAACCAGACAUAUCAAUUUUAAAUGAAAGCAAUACCAGGGGAUUUUCUCCCAAAUCGGCAAGUCCGGUUUCCUUUGGUGCGAUCGGAAUGCAAACGAUGAAUAUGGCAAACUCAGCAGCAGUUGCAGCAGCCGUUUCAGGUCAUAACACGAACCAGAUGCAACCGGGUCCGCAACAGCAGCAAUACCCACCAAAUCACCCUUUAAGUGGAUCGAAGCAUUUGUGCUCCAUAUGUGGCGACAGAGCGAGUGGCAAGCACUAUGGUGUUUACAGCUGUGAGGGAUGCAAAGGCUUCUUUAAACGCACGGUUCGAAAGGAUUUAACUUAUGCUUGCCGUGAAGAUAGAAACUGCAUUAUCGAUAAAAGACAACGCAAUCGUUGCCAAUAUUGUCGGUACCAGAAAUGCCUUGCCUGUGGAAUGAAACGUGAAGCAGUUCAAGAGGAACGCCAGCGUGGAACUCGUUCGCAGAAUGUUCGUACAGGCGAAGAUUUCAAUCCAACCAGUUCAGUACGGGAUUUAACGAUAGAUCGCAUAAUCGAAGCAGAACAAAAAAGUGAACAACUUAGUGGAGAUAAUGCUAUACCAUUCCUGCGCGUCGGACCCAAUUCUAUGGUUCAACCAGAUUAUAAAGGAGCAGUGUCACAUCUGUGUCAAAUGGUUAAUAAGCAACUUUACCAAAUGGUUGAAUAUGCUCGAAAAAUGCCACACUUUGCUGAACUGCAACGUGAUGACCAGGUCAAUUUACUCAAAGCUGGUUGGAACGAACUACUUAUAGCAAAUGUAGCUUGGUGUAGUAUUGAUUCUUUAGAUGCUGAUUAUGCUACAUCCGGGGGUCAUGACACUUCAUUCGGCCGUCGUUCACCUAUACGCCAACCACAACAACUUUUUCUCAAUCAUAAUUUUUCCUAUCAUCGCAACAGCGCUAUAAAAGCAGGAGUGGCGACCAUAUUUGAUCGCAUUCUUUCGGAGCUUAGCGUAAAAAUGAAACGACUUAAUAUUGAUCGUUCAGAACUUUCUUGCUUGAAAGCUAUUAUAUUGUUUAAUCCGGAUAUACGAGGUUUGAAGGGCCGCAAUGAUGUUGAAGUAUGCAGAGAACAAGUAUAUGCUUGCCUAGAUGAACAUUGUCGCACUGAACAUCCCGGAGACGAUAGUCGAUUUGCACAACUCUUACUGCGGUUGCCUGCACUGCGAUCCAUUAGCCUUAAGUGCCUGGAUCAUUUGUUUUUCUUUCGCAUUAUGGGUGAUAAACCCUUAGAUCAGCUUUUCUAUGAACAACUUGACGCACAAAUCUGCUAAGCUAUGCAUAUAUUUAUUCACUUGAAGUGCUGGAAAAUUUGAUCGACGUAUGUAUGUUAAAUGACUUUCUAACUUAUAAAGUGACAAUGCACUUUAACGGCUACACUUUGCAAUUUACUUUUUCAGUUUUGUUUUUUUAGAUAUAUUCCAUUUAGUAGCUCACUAUUUACUGUAAACAAAUUUUAAAAUACAAUUGUAUUAUUGUAAAUUAAAUAAAUGUAUUUAAU